AGUAUACUCAUUAGCUUCACACAAGCAUUUCAUCAAACACUUUGCGUCCACUUAAACUUUCACUAUGAAUUCAUACCAAUCUUCAUCUCCAAUCAGAUUCUUCCGGCACCUCCUAUCCCCACCGAGAAAACCCACAUCACCACCGUCUCCAGACUGUUCCGGAGACAUUUACCACGUGUUCAACCACUUCGACGAGAACGGUGACGGCAAGAUAACGGCGUCGGAACUGCAGAACCGGCUGAAAAACGAGUUGCAGUUGUCGGAUGAGGAGGCGGAGAUGGCGGUGAGUUCGUCGGAUGCAGACGGAGAUGGGGUGUUGGGGUUGGAGGAUUUUGUGAAGAUGAUGAAAGAGGGGGAAGAGGAGGAGCUACGAGAGGCGUUUGUGAUGUAUUCGAUGAAAUCGAGUGUGAUUACACCAAAGAGUUUGAAGAAGAUGAUGGGGCGGUUGGGGCAGGAGACUACGGUGAAUGAGUGUAAGAUGAUGAUCGGAAGGUUUGAUGUUAAUGGUGAUGGGGUGUUGGAUUUUGAUGAGUUUAGGGUCAUGAUGGGUUGUUAACUCAGUUGAGAAUUCAAAAUUCUUUAUUUGUAUGUAACUAGUUUUUCCCCCGCCCGUGUUGUGAGGCAAUAAGACAAAUAUUUCUCUCUCAUAACAUGUAUGUCUGUACAGAGGGCAAAAUCGAAAUUAUAUUUUGAACAAGA